AAUGUUACAGAGCGGAGAGAGUGAGGAGGCUGCGUCUGGCUCCCGCUCUCACAGCCAUUGCAGUACAUUGAGCUCCAUAGAGACAGCGCCGGGCCAGGCAGAGCCGGACGGCACUGGGCGACUCUGUGCCUCGCGGACGAAAAAUUACUAAACAUGGGCAAAGGAGAUCCUAAGAAGCCAAGAGGCAAAAUGUCAUCAUAUGCAUUUUUUGUGCAAACUUGCCGGGAGGAGCACAAGAAGAAGCACCCAGAUGCUUCAGUCAACUUCUCAGAAUUUUCUAAGAAGUGCUCAGAGAGGUGGAAGACCAUGUCUGUUAAAGAGAAAGGAAAAUUCGAAGACAUGGCAAAGGCGGACAAGGCCCGUUAUGAAAGAGAAAUGAAAACCUAUAUCCCUCCUAAAGGGGAAACAAAAAAGAAGUUCAAGGAUCCCAAUGCACCCAAGAGGCCUCCUUCGGCCUUUUUCUUGUUUUGUUCUGAGUAUCGCCCCAAAAUCAAAGGCGAGCAUCCUGGCCUAUCCAUUGGUGAUGUUGCGAAGAAACUCGGAGAGAUGUGGAAUAAUACUGCUGCCGAUGACAAACAGCCUUAUGAGAAGAAGGCCGCUAAGCUGAAGGAGAAAUACGAAAAGGAUAUUGCUGCAUACCGGGCUAAAGGAAAGCCUGAUGCAGCCAAAAAGGGAGUUGUCAAGGCUGAGAAAAGCAAGAAAAAGAAGGAAGAGGAGGAAGAUGAAGAAGAUGAGGAGGACGAAGAGGAGGAGGAGGACGAAGAAGAUGAAGAUGAAGAAGAAGAUGAUGAUGAUGAAUAAGUUGGCUCUAGUGCAGUUUUUUUUCUUGUCUAUAAAGCAUUUAACCCCCCUGUGCACAACUCACUCCUUUUAAAGAAAAAAAAUUGAAAUGUAAGGCUGUGUAAGAUUUGUUUUUAAACUGUACAGUGUCUUUUUUUGUAUAGUUAACACACUACCGAAUGUGUCUUUAGAUAGCCCUGUCCUGGUGGUAUUUUCAAUAGCCACUAACCUUGCCUGGUACAGUAUGGGGGUUGUAAAUUGGCAUGGAAAUUUAAAGCAGGAUCUUGUUGGUGCACAGCACAAAUUAGUUAUAUAUGGGGAUGGUAGGUUUUUUUUUCAUCUUCAGUUGUCUCUGAUGCAGCUUAUACGAAAUAAUUGUUGUUCUGUUAACUGAAUACCACUCUGUAAUUGCAAAAAAAAAAAAAAGUUGCAGCUGUUUUGUUGACAUUCUGAAUGCUUCUAAGUAAAUACAAUUUUUUUUAUUAGUACUGUUGUCCUUUUCCUAGGUCUGACAUUGUUCUUCUUGAGGGGAAGCUAGUCUUUUUUGCUUUUGCCCAUUUUGGGUCUCACGAACUAUUUACACCAUCGUCUUUUCAUAUAGUUAGUUGAUAACAAAAGCUUUCGUCUACACACCCUGCGUACUCAUGAUGGGGGCAGUAGUUGAAUUGAGACAGUUUUCAUCCAUAAGUGAAACUCAAAAUCUUGGUCAGUUGAUACAAAGUCACAUAGCCCAGUUACCGCAUUUUCAAAGAGAAGAGUAACCAGUACAGUCACAGGAUGGGACUAUUAGAACCAAACACUCUGAAAGUCUGUCCUUGAAGGACUAAAUAGAAAGAUAUGUUCCAGUCUUUACAUGAGGACUCUACAUUCUUUUAACUCCCAUUACCAUGUAAUGGCAGUUAUAUUUGUGGUUUCCACAUUAAAGAAGGCCUGAGAAUGCAUCCCCAAAAGCGUGAGCUUAAAAUGCAAGAUGGCCAUAUUAAGUAUUUUGUUGACCCUUGACCCUGCAAAGGCUGUAUGAAAAUACUGGCUAUAAAUGCCUUCGCAUUUAUCAAAAUACAGACUGUUCAGGAAAACUAGAGAUUCUCCAUUAUAAUUAGACAUUUUAAAUCAGGUCAGCCUUUAAAAGCAUGCCAUUUAAAAUAGGGUCUAUUUUCCUAUAUUGUAGUUUGACCCUUUAUAAGUCAAACAUGAAAGAAGAAAAAGUUCAUGUCUCAGUAUCAAUGAUUAGUUUAUUCAGAUUUGAUUUUUCUCUUUACAAAACCCAGACUUAUCAGGGUCAUACAUUUACCUGUUUAACAGCUUAGGGAACAAUUUGGCAAUUUUGCGGUUUUUGAGAUGAUCGUUCUCUUAAAAGUGCUAGUGUUUUCAAAUAGCCUUCUUGUAAUUUACACGCUUUUGUGAUAGAGUGCUGUUUUGUUAUAUAAUUUUGAUGACUUGGAUUCUCUUCCAUUUGUUUAUGUAUAAUUUCAGGAGGAAUACUGACAUCUGAGUCCCAGAUGAUACUAAUAAACUAAUAAUUGCAGAGGUUUUAAA